AUGGCCACCAAAGACGAAGCUAGUGCUAUCCCCGCUGCAAGCAAGACUUCGUGGACUAGCUUCCUGAAGUCCAUUGCAUCCUUCAACGGCGACCUCUCCUCUCUAACCGCACCGCCGUUCAUCCUCUCGACCACCUCUCUAACCGAGUACUCUGCGUACUGGUGCGAACAUCCCGCGCUCUUCGUUGCCCCCGCAAGCGAGCCCGAUCCUGCAAAGAGAGCGCUUUUGGUAUUGAAAUGGUUCCUGAGUACUUUGCAUCAGCAAUAUUGCUCUCGAAGCGAAAAGCUAGGCAGUGAGAAAAAGCCGCUCAACCCGUUCCUGGGCGAGUUGUUCCUGGGCAAAUGGAUAGAGAAUGAGGAUGUGGGCGAGACACGAUUGAUUAGCGAGCAAGUUAGUCAUCAUCCCCCGGCGACGGCGUACUCGAUAGUCAACGACAAACAUGGCAUUGAGCUCCAAGGAUACAAUGCCCAAAAAGCAUCCUUCUCCAGCACCAUCCUAGUAAAACAACUAGGCCAUGCAUACCUGUCAUUAACACCGCCCGGCAAGGAUGCAAACAACGAAGCUGACCGAGAGCACUACCUCAUCACCUUACCCAGCCUCCACAUUGAAUCCCUGAUCUACGGCACACCGUAUGUCGAGCUGGAAAAAACCGCCAUGAUCGCCAGCUCAACUGGCUACAUCUCAAAGAUCGACUUUUCGGGCAAAGGCUGGCUCAGUGGCAAGAAAAACACCUUCUCGGCGGUUUUAUACAAGGAAAGUGACGGCGAGAAGAACCCCAUAUACACCGCCAACGGCCAAUGGUCAAGCAGUUUCACGAUCCGUGAUGUACGCACUAAAAAGGAUGUCGAAACCUUCACCAUCAGCAACAUGAAAACGACACCAUUGACAGUCGCCCCUCUCGAAGAACAAGAUGUCUGGGAAACUCGCCGCGCUUGGCACGAUGUAGCCCAAGCUAUCGAACGAGGCGACAUGGAAGCCACAUCAGUCGCCAAAACCAAAAUCGAAGUCGCACAACGCGAGCUGCGCAGAAAGGAGAAAGAGCAAGGCGAGGAGUGGGAACGACGAUUCUUCAAGCGUGUGAAUGAGAAGGACGAUCAUGUCUUUAUGCGACUGGCUACAAUGCUUGAUUUGACGCAUGGUAAUGGCGCGGGUAUUGAGAGUGACCGCACCGGUGGAGUUUGGAGGUUUGAUGCUUCGCGCGCCGUUGAUGCGAAACCGCCGUAUCACAAAGUUGGCGGCGAGGGGUUGGGAUUGUAA